AUGACUUUCUGUUGUAUCGGCAGCUUGGGUACUAAGUCCAUGCUAAGUAACUUCAAAAGGUUGCCUAAUUUGCUAGGGACGGCUCAAUACGCCCAGGUACCGGCGGUACCGAAGAUUACGUUCAAAAUGUUUGAGCCAGUGAAUAUUGAGCACCAUGAUAUAAGAAACGAACGUCUCAACAGGCCAUUAUCGCCGCAUAUAACCAUCUAUUCUUUCCCGCUGCCUGCUAUUUUGUCUAUUACUCAUAGAGCUACAGGUAUAAUGCUGUCAGGCUAUACUACUGUACUAGGCGUGGGUGCAUUAGCCCUUCCUCACGAUGUAUCCCACUACAUAACCAUGAUUGAAGAGCUCAACUUGUCUCCAGUAACUCUCUUCCUAGCAAAAGCCAUAAUUGCUGCGCCUUUCGGUUACCACUUCGCCAACGGAUUGAGGCAUCUGUACUGGGACACUGCUAAGGGAUUGUCUAUGAAGGAGGUUUACACAUCUGGCUAUGCUAUUUUGGGCACAGCAACGGUUAUUACUCUUGUUUUAGCAGCUCUAUAAAUUUAUA